AUGCGAGUUUCAGGCCUCCCCGCCGCGCUGGCGGCCCUGCUCGCUGCCCAUAUCAGCCGCGCCGAGUCGCUCAUCCCCGAGCUCAGCUUUGGGCAAUCAGACCGAUUGAGUUUCGCUGACAGCCCCGGGCGCAUCCCCAACUUUGUCCUCUCGGGCCAGCCACAGCCGCCCCAGCUCCUCUCCAACCGCCUGAUCCUCACGCCCGUGGCCCCCGGCAACCAGCGCGGCGCCGUAUGGGCCGAGAAAGCCCUGACGCGCUCCGCCUGGGAGGCCGAGAUCGAGUUCCGCGCCAGCGGCGGCGAGCGCGGCGGCGGCAACAUCAACUUUUGGCUGGUGCGCCAGGGCGGCCACGAGGUGGGCUCCCACAGCAUCUACACAGUUGGCAAGUUUGACGGCCUCGGCCUCGUCAUCGACACCCACGGCGGCUCCGGCGGCAUGGUCCGCGGCUUCCUCAACGACGGCUCCGUCGACUACGCCCACCAGCACAGCAUCGACAAUCUCGCCUUUGGCCACUGCCAGUACUCGUACCGCAACCUGGGCCGUCCCACGCGCAUCAAGCUGCGCCAGACCCACGACGCCUUCAAGGUCGAAGUCGACGACCACCCUUGCUUUGACACCACAAAGGUCAGCCUGCCGGCCGGCUACCACUUUGGCAUCACGGCCGCCACCCCGGACAACCCAGACUCGUUUGAGGUCUUCAAGCUGGUCGUCCACUCUGACUCGAUCGUCUCGAGCGACGCCGACAACGCCGCCGCUCACCAGAACACCUACGGGUACGCCACCCAACAGCAGCAGCCCUCCAAGGGCGGGACCGCAGGCAGCCCCAUGCCCGACGAGCCUGCCGACCACUUCAAGACGUCGACGGCGCAGUUUGAAGACAUGCACAACCGGCUGCAGGUCCUCAUGCACCAGCUCUCGACCAUCACCGCCUCCAUUGUCGAGCUCCAACACCAGGGCGAGGACAGCCACGAGCAGACGACAAAGGCCCUCGACGCCCUGCGCUCCCAGCUGUCGGCCACGCACCCGACCGAGGACCUGCUCAACCACGUCAAGGACCUCGGGAGGGAGGUGAGCGCUAUGCACAAAAACAUCAACGAAAAGUUCUCGACCCACCACGACUCCUUCGAGGACUACCUCAAUGACCACCACGCCAGCAUUACCGACGUCAUGACCGAGUCCAUGCCCGGCCACGGCAAGCUCAUCCUCAUCUUUGUCGGCACGCAGGUUUUUCUCGCUGCCGCCUACGUCGUCUACAAGAGGCGCCGGGCAAACAGCCCUAAAAAGUAUCUCUGA